UGAAAGCUUGGUCUCCAGAACCACCUCUGACAAGUUUCCUUGCUUUCCUGUGAGAAUAGGCAGCCGCUGUCACAGAGGAGCCGAGGGAGUUCAGGAGAUCAGAGGCAAAGCAGCAGUUGCCUCUCUUCUGGGAAACCAGAUGACCUUCUUCAAAGUGAUAAUGUAAACAGCUCUCUAGCAGCUGGUGGAACCGUGGGAGUUUGAAGUAAAACGUGAAGAAUUCUCCUGCAGGAUAAAGAGUAAAAAACGACUUUAACACUAUUCCAGAGGAAGAGUAGGAGGCCGUGCAGUGAGGACAUGAGUCUGGUGGAGGUGAGGCAGACGGCGGGGUCUCUGACCCUGUCCCUGUCCAGCAACGACUCCAAGGAGCGCUACUUCGACCGCAUGGAUGAGAGUGACCCCGAGUACCUCCGCAGCAGGAACAUGUCGCCGGACCUGAGGCAGGACUUCAACAUGAUGGAGCAGAAGAAGAGGGUCACCCAGAUCCUGCAGAGUCCAGUGUUUAAAGAUGAGUUGGAAGGCCUGAUUCAGGACCAGCUGACGAAGGGCAACAACCCUACAGGUCUCCUGGCUCUGAGACAGAUUGCUGACCUGGUCAUGGCCAACACCUUUGGAGGGGCUGGCCCCUUGACCUCUCCCAUCAGCUUUGGGAUGGUGAGCCCAGUCAAUGACUUGUAUGGCAUUGAGUCUCCGUCCUUUGCUAAAGGGGAGAAACAGAGUCGCUGCAGGCUGGCCAGCCUUUACAGGCUUGUUGACCUCUUCAGCUGGGCUCGUUUUACAAGCUCCUACAUUACUGUGCGCGUUAGUAAAGAACAGGACCAUGUUCUUAUUAGUCCACGAGGUCUGUCUUUCGCUGAGGUGACGGCAGCAAAUUUGGUGAAAGUAAACAUGAUCGGUGACGUGGUGGACCAGGGCUCUACUGACUUUGGUAUCGAUCAUUUUGGAUUUGCACCUCAUGCUGCCAUUUAUUCCAUGCGCCCAGAUGUGAGAUGCAUCAUCCACAUACAUACCCCUGCUACAGCUGCUGUGUCCUCGAUGAAAUGUGGAAUCCUGCCCAUUUCCCAGGAGGCUCUGCUUCUGGGAGACGUGAGCUGCUUUGGUUACCAUGGCAGCCUGGAUAAUAAAGAGGAGAAGGUGGAGUUUCAGAAAGCUCUGGGCCCUACUGCCAAGGUCAUGAUCCUGAGGAACCAUGGGCUGCUUGCUUUGGGAGAAACAGUCGAAGAAGCUUUUCACUACGUGUACCACUCACAGCAAGCCUGCGAAAUCCAGGUGAAUGCUUUGAGGUGUUCAGGCGGCGUGGACAACCUCGUGUUGCUGGACAGGGAGAAGUUUAAACCCCUGACCCAGGGAGUGGCCGCUGCUGGGGUGUUGAUGGACAAUGAGGUCAAGUGGAAAGUGGGCGAGGCCGAGUUCGAGUCCCUUAUGAGGAUGCUGGACAACCUGGGCUACAGAACAGGCUACUCUUACAGGAACCCCGUUGUCCGUGAAAAACCCCGUUCUAAGAACGACGUGGAGAUCCCGGCCACAGUGUCUGCUGUGCCACUGGAGGACAAUGAACUGGGCCUGCGCAGCCCCUUCAAGUUUAUGGUGCAGAAACAGCAGAGAGAAAGGACCCGGUGGCUCAACUCACCCAACAGCUACUUAAGGGUCAAUGUUCCUGAACAGUCACCCAGCGGGGAUGUCAGCCCCAGGACUAAAACCAUGUGGAUGAAGUCUUCACAGCCAGGCAAUUGCAUUGGCACCCCAAUAAAGAUUGAGGACCCCAACCAGUUUGUCCCACUCAACACUGAUCCCACAGAGGUUUUGGACAAGAGGAACCGGAUAAAAGAACAGCACAGAGGUGACCAGAUGACUCCAGGACCAAAGUCUCAGUUACUAGCGGGUAUCGUUGUGGACACCAUCCCAGGACCAGCUUUCAUCAUUGAAGAUGAGGAACAGACUCGCUCUCUUCCCCCCAACCCCUUCAAUGAUCUUACAGAGAAAGAGCUGGAGGAAUACAAGAGCAUGGUCGAGAGAAAGCAGCAAGGCCAAGAAGAAGAUGAUGAUGCCACUGAUGCAGAUGAGAUGACCACAUUUGAUGGCUCUACUAUUUCCCUCUCUCUUUCUCCCAUAAUGACGCCUGCUAAACAAGACACAAUACCCAAUGGGAAGGACCACUUGGCAGAGAUGGAGGACGAUCUGAGUAUCGAGGUAUCCAAGCUGAGCGUGAGCACUUCAGAAACAGUGGAAAUCUCCAUAACAACGAAGGAGAAGACAGGGGACGCUCAGACCCCAGAGAGCCAAACCAAGUCCCCCAAGAAAAAGAAGAAGAAGUUCCGCACACCUUCGUUCUUGAAAAAGAGCAAGAAAAAGAAGGACGAGAAGGAAAAAACAGAAGCCUGAGAGCAUUCACUGUAAAAACAAUGAGUGUUUUGUUAAGAAAACAUCUGAAUUGCCUUCUUAAUUUUCAGCUUGUUGAAGGGAAGUAAAAUAAGAGAAAUGACUAUUAUUUAGUCAGAAAGUCUCCCGGGACGGUGUUGUUUUUCACAUCUUGCACAUCUUCUCUCAUUCACAGCUAUUAUUUCAUGUGAGCGUUUUUCCAUGAUGUGCCAGCAGAUGGUAAUAUGGGUGAUUUUUUUUUCCCCUGUGAGGAUUUGUGAUUGACCACUCCUGAAGGGAUCAGUAAAAGUAUGAAAUCAAAUGAAAAGUGAAUGCAAAACUGCAUAUCUGUGGCUGUUAAUACCCAUAUUUUUAAUGGGUUUAAGAAUAGAUAUCAUAGGACUCAUGGGUUUUAAGUUCAGAAAUACAGCAAACUGGGCCUAUUAAAUAUUAUAUGAUUUUUUUUUAUUCUUUUUGCACAAGUUCAUUGUUGAAUGUAAACUGAAAGCUAAGAAAAUUGUUUAACAAUUUUAAAAUGUAAUAAUCACACUCGUAGUGUAACAGUGGCUGAACAUAUUAAUAUUAUAUAGCGUUUAGCCUUAUAAGAAGUACGAUUUGUAUUUGAAGCAUUCAUAGUUAUACUAUCUUGUAAUAAUAUAUGUUGAUUUAUAUUACAAGUAUUACAAUAUAGUGUUUGAUAGAUAAAUAAUUUGAUAGUCUUUGCAUUUUACUUUACAUACUAACUCAUACUAAACAUGCUGUGAUUGAUAAUACAGUAAUAAUCCAUGUUGUUUUUACAUUUAUGUCAGUGGUAUUAUUCCCAUGGUUGCUGCUUUGUUGUAAUUGUGACAAGGAAUUGACUGUGACUAACAGGAGGAGCUCAUCAAAGUGAUGAUUCUUGCAUAUUGAUGUUUAUGAGCGACAGAAGUUUGACUUUUACAGAAUAGACAGAAAAUCGCUACUCAUUUGGAUGUUGACAGUGAAAGUGCCAAGCCUGGAUUACAGAAAGUUGAUGAACGUGAUGGAUGUUUUGACUAAUUUUGUCCACAUAGCCAGUUGAUGGCAAUAUGGUGUGGAAAGCUUUUCUUUGUAGCCACUGUUAUAGUUUGAUAUAAAGUAUAUUAGAGGGCCAUAUAUUUACAUCCCAGUCAAUAAUGUGAAUGAUUUGUUUCGACCCAAAGGGAGUGAACUCUUUGCCUUUGUAAAUAGUUUGUUUUUGUGAAGUUCUUUUGUUACCCUAAACCAAAUGUUGAACAAUGAAAUAUAGAAAUGUGACAGUACAAUCUAAUAACAAUACUUAACACUUCUUUUACCAUGUUUUUAUCCACUUUAAUUAAGCUCCUUAUUAACUGAACAUGCACACCGCAUUGUGUUUACAAACUGUGUUACUUAUGUAAUUUGUAUGCCUAGUGCUUGUAUUUCCUCUGUUGUUUACAUUGCUAUUUGUAUCUCCUGGGUUUUUCCACGGUGCUUUACAUUGCAGUCACCUUGCCUCAAAGUCAGUCCUUUAAAAUUGCCUUUCACCUGAUGUAAUAAAAGCUGGUAUAUGUUUCCAUAACCAUAUUAUUGCUCUCUUGCUUAUUGAAAAGAUAUUUGAUGUUAUCGCCUCUUAUAUUUACCCAAACAUGCUUUGAAACAUGAACAGGUUCUUGAUGUUGUUGUAUACUUGCAUUUAUUUCACAUGCUACAUUUCACUCCGGUGUGGUGUGAAACUCUAUUGGAUUAUAUCCAUUUCUAACAAACAAAAU